CUCCCUCCCUCCACAUCAGACCCCAGCAGUCAGGAGGAGACACUGACAGUCUCUGGUGUGGCGUGAGGAGAGGAACAUGACCGUCUGUCUCCACUUCUUCUUCUCCUCUCAGGGAUGAAUCCACAUGUGUUCUUCUUCUUCUCCUCCUCCUCUGUCUCAUCGUCUGGACCAUGAGCGUGGAGCCUGGACUCUGCUAUAACUUUCCCUCCGGACCAAAGGAUCUGAGAUGAGACACUGAAGCUUUUCUUUCGAACCAAAACUGAAGAAAAGAUUGAAAGGUGAUCGUCAUGUCCCUCUGGAUGAUCCUGCCCAUCAGCCUGCCUGUCUCCACCAUCACUGGAAUAUGGAUCGUAUAUGCGAUGGCCCUCUACAACCAGCAUGUCUGCCCUGUGAACAACUGGAUUUAUAAUGAGUCGUGUGAGGAGCAGCUCCCGCUGCAGAGAGGUCCUGUGCUGUGCUGCACCCUGGAAAACAUCCCACUCAUCAGUAAAUGUGGAACCGUCCCACCUGAAAGUUGCUUUUUCACCCUCAUAUGCACGACGGGCACCUUCAUGGUGAUGCUGAUCAGCCUGCUGCGCUACGCUCAUGUGAUCGAGAAACACCAGAACUGUCUCCUCAACAUGGCUGCUCUCUCCACUGGAUGGAUCUGUGCUGCUGGUCUCUUCAUGCUCGGGAUUUUCCAGGUGGAUUUGGUCAAAGUGCUGCACUACGUUGGAGCCGGCGUGGCCUUCCCGUGCAGUAUGCUGUUUGUGUGUCUGCAGUCGGCUCUGACCUACAAACUGGCCAAGACUCAGGGCGAGUACCGAGUGGCUCACCUGCGCGUGGGGAUGGCUCUGCUGGCUCUGGUAGCACUGGUGCUCAGUGGAGUUUUCUUUGUGCAGGAGAGCUUCGCCCUGCAGCACGCCUCCGCCAUCUUUGAGUGGAUCUACUGCAUGCUCAUCAUGCUCUUCUACGGCACGUUUGCCUUUGAGUUUGCGGGCAUUUCCAGGCACACGCUGCUGGUCCUGUGUGGAGGUGUGGAUCUGGAGAGCUUCUUCACCUCUAAGCACAUCACAGAGAUGAGUGCAGGGUCAAACCACCAUCAGCUGGAGAAUUUAACCAUCCUGUGACUGAACUGAUUUGUCCUUCACAAAGGGCAAAAAUAAUGAACCUAUCUAGAAGAUGCCAAACAUAAUCUAGUGGAACUGGAAGAUGCACAUCACGAUACCAACUUUUGCACAACUAUUGCACCAAAGCUGUUUUCCCCCCAGCAGUUACCAAAGACUUUUAAUAUUUAUAAAACUACAGGCUACACUGCAAAAUGUUGCACAACGCUGUUCGUGCCUUUUCUGAUUCUCUGAAGGCCUACAAAGAGA